CGUUAUCCUGUGUGGGAACACGCGGGGAAUCGACGAAAUGCCGCUAUUCUGCCACCACCACUUGUUGAUUACGCACUACACACAGCCCAGUGCAUACAUCACGAUGCUAAUAAUCAUGCAUGCGAAUCCUCCUGUUCGCAUGCGUUUAGCGGAAUUCUGUCCCAUGAGAUGGCAUGCAGCUGUGUGCCCCACCCGCUCAGGCAGCAAUGUACGUGGUACAUUGUCUCUAACAGCUGAGCAGGAUCAAGAAUGCGAUACGCUUGUCGCAUUGCUUGCAAAUGGCUUUGGACAUUAUCAUGUACAGUCGAUUCUCGACAAAGACUCUCUACAGCAUUGAGCCAAGUGCGUCGUCGUCAUACGUGUAGCCUACAGCCAUGUCCUGGCUUCCCUCGCGUCUGCCCUUCUUCAAGGGCCCAGCGCGAUCACAGGUCCCGAUUGUGCCAACCGACGAGAUCGUCCCAGUGCAUCUAUUCGAUAGCACCACGGCACUUCAGUCCUGCAUUCUGGUGUGGUUGUUUCGCUUCAACGAGCGAUUGGACCCUGACAAACUUCACGACUCCCUCUCACGCGUCUUCCAGAGGGAAGGAUGGCGCAAGCUAGGGGGCAGAUAUAGGCGUCGAAGCAAUGACGGGAAGCUGGAGAUUCACAUCCCCAAACCAUUCACAGCCCAGAGACCACCGGUCCACUUCACCCGAGAGACGUUCAACACACGCAUCGAUGAGCACCCUUUGGCGUCCAAGCUUCCCCAGGCCACUGGAAAGGUCGCCACAUUCCAGGGCCCACGGGCCUUCAACGCGCUUGCCAUGGGACCCGGGUCACCAGCUACGUAUGAUGAUCUGAUCUACGACGACAAGCCCCAGUUCUCGCUUCAUGUCACCAACUUCACGGACGGCACCCUCGUUGGCCUCAGCCACUCCCACAUGACCGCCGACUUGCUGGGCCUCACAGCUGUCAUCGAGGCAUGGUGCCAGGAGCUGGCGGGCGAGUCUGACAAGAUCAAGCCCUUUGGAGGCGUGGAAGAGGACGGCAUGAAAGGUCUGUACGACCCCCCGACGCAAGAGAAGCAUGUCCUAGCCGGAAAGGAACUCCAAGGGCUGGGGCUCGGGUACUGGGGGCUGCGCGCGGUCUGGCAAGCAAAGAGUUCACGCCUGACUUCACGCACGCUGUGCAUACCCAACACGACGAUGGAGAAGCUGGCCACGCAGGCCAAGAGCCAGAUGACGAGGCAGUCGUCAGACACCCUCCCACCGGACGGACGAGACGCACACUUCAUCUCGGACGGGGACGUGCUGGCCGCGUUAAUGUGUCGUCUCAACGCCCAGAGCCAGUCGACGAUGAGCAGGAACAUUGUGACCAUGAUGGCGCUCGAUCCACGCACGCGCGCCCCCUCGGCGUUCCGCGCCGACGUCGCGUACGCGGGCAACUCGCCGACGGCCGUCUUCUUUGAGUGCUCUGCGCAGGACGCCGUCGACAUGUCCCUCGGGGACCUCGCCCUCCGCGCCCGCCAGGCGAUUGCGGCACAGGCGACAGAGGAGCAGAUGAAGGCCUACGCCGCCCUGUCCGCGGAGUCGGUGCGGGCGCGCAACAUGAAUGUCAUGUUUGGAGAUAGGAACAUGGCCUUUCAGCUCAUGUCCAACUGGCUCAAGGCGAGUCUCUUUGAGAAGAUUGACUUUAGUCCGGCAAUAGUCGAGGAGGCAUCGUCGGCGGGAGCCAAGAACCAACACAAACGGGGGCAUCCGGUGUAUUAUCACUCUGCAGACCCGGGCGACGUCGAGGGUCCGUAUAUUAUGCAUCUGGUGGUGGUCAUGGGGGCGGAUCACGAUGGGAACAUUUGGAUGUCGUGCGUUUUGCCAGAGAAUACGUGGUCGAGCUUGGUGGAAUUUCUGGACUCACUCUGAUGUCUAAACAAGGAUCAUGUCCUC